AUGACAGUGGAAACUGAAUCCAACCAUGCUGAUGACUCAAACAAGGAAGCAGAACCUGCCCAGCUUUUGGAUGAUGAAGCAAAUAAACAACUGCCAGUCAAAAAGAAGACUUCUUGUUGUACAGGCCUGAAGGUGUUUCUCGCUGCUUUGUCGUUCAGCUACUUCUGUAAAACGUUGUCUGGUACAGUCAUGAAAAGUUCCAUCACUCAGAUUGAAAGAAGGUUUGACCUUACGUCUUCUACAGUUGGUCUCGUUGAUGGAAGUUUUGAGAUGGGUAAUUUGCUCGUGAUAGCAUUCGUAAGUUACUUUGGAGCUAAAUUUCAUAGGCCUAAAGUAAUAGCCUUAGGAUGCUUUAUUAUGGCUUUGGGAUGUCUUUUAACAGCGAUGCCUCAUUUCUUCAUGGGAUAUUAUAAGUAUGAGAGGGCACCACGUACAACAUCUUCUGUCAACUUAACUUCAGAUGUAAAUCCUUGUUUACUACAACAAGAUGCCAACAAAACUUUGUUGGAAGUCUCACAACCAGGCUGUGAAAAGGAAACUUCAUCAUAUAUAUGGAUAUAUAUCUUACUGGGAAACAUGCUACGAGGAAUUGGCGAGACACCAAUAACACCACUGGGCAUUUCUUACCUUGAUGAUUUCGCUAAGGAAGAAAAUGCACCUGUAUAUAUAGCAAGUUUGCACACAAUAGCCAUGUUCGGCCCAAUAUUUGGUUUCCUGUUGGGAUCACUAUGUGCAAAAUUGUACGUGGAUAUUGGAUUUGUGGAUUUAGAAAGCAUCACUAUAACCCCACAGGAUUCCCGCUGGGUGGGUGCGUGGUGGCUUGGUUUUAUAAUAGCUGGAACAAUCAGUCUCCUAGCUGCUAUUCCUUUCUGCUUCCUGCCAAAGAGUCUGGAAAAGCCAGAGGAAGCCAAUAAUGACAAAACUUCAUCUGGUCUCCUGGAAGGGAUGGGAGCUAUGAGGAAGACACAUACUUCUGUAAAACCUAAGACAAAAAAGUGGACAGCAAUAUUGAAAGAUUUUUAUACUUCCCUGAAAAAAGUCUUGAGUAAUCGAUUGUACUUUACGCUCUUGUGCAGCUCACUGUUACAGUUCAGUAGCUUUAUCGGUUUCUUGACUUACAAACCAAAGUACAUGGAACAGCAGUAUGGACAAUCUACAUCUAAAUCUAACUUUCUCAUAGGUUUGACAUCUUUACCUCCUAUAGGUAUUGGGAUUUUCCUAGGAGGGUUCAUAAUGAAGAAGUAUAAAAUGAACAUCAUUGGAGCAGCCAAGUUUGCAUUUACCAUGUCAUUUUUGGGCUUCCUGCUUACACAGUUGCACUUCUUUGUGGGUUGUGAAAACCAUGUAGUGGCAGGACUGACAGUGUCCUAUGAUGGCAAACCCAUUCAGCACCAUGAAAAUGCCUUAUUUUCUACCUGCAACUCUGACUGCAAAUGUGCCACCAACGUGUGGGAUCCCGUGUGUGGAGACAAUGGAAUUACAUAUGUUUCAGCAUGUCUUGCUGGGUGCACGACUUCAGAGGGACAUGGAAAGAACAUGCUCUUCCAUAACUGUAGCUGCCUGGAAGCCAGCAGAUCACAGUGGGGAAAUAACUCUGCCACUUUGGGGCAAUGUCCAAAAAGUGAUACCUGUUCAAGGAACUUUAUUUAUUAUACAGUAAUACAAGUCAUAAGCGGCUUUUGUUAUGCCUUGGGAGGCAUCCCAGCUUACAUGCUGAUGUUUAGAUGUGUCCAACCAGAGCUGAAAUCUCUUGCAGUUGGUCUGUACACACUCAUUGUGAGAAUGCUAGCUGGGAUUCCGGCUCCAGUUUACUUUGGUGCAUUGAUUGACAGGACGUGCUUGAAAUGGGGAAGCAAAAGCUGUGGGCAGCAAGGGGCUUGCAGAAUAUAUGACUCCAAUGCUUACAGAUAUUCCUACCUUGGCUUAUCAGCGUUGCUAAGAGCUCCUUCCUACUUGUUAGCAAUCCUUUUCUUCAUACAGUUAAAGAAGCACUAUCAAGCUAAGAAAUCCAGAUCCACAGAAAAUGGAGGAAGAGAAGAUGCUCCUAUGAAUAAAGAAGAUAAUUUCAAGAGCAAUGAACCUCUGACAGGUUCUCCUGAAGCAGAAAAAGAAUCCUGUAUUUAA